CCCGCCUAUCUCUUCGGCACCAUCCACGUGCCCUACACGCGGGUGUGGGACUUCAUCCCCAACAACUCCAAGGCUGCCUUCCACGCCAGCUCCAGCGUCUACUUCGAGCUGGACCUCACCGACCCCUACACCAUCUCGGGACUGGCCAGCUGCCAGAUGCUGCCCCACGGGGAGAACCUGCAGGACGUGCUGCCCCGGGAGCUCUACCGCCGCCUCAAACGCCACCUGGACUACAUCAAGCUGAUGCUGCCCCACUGGAUGACCCCGGACCAGCGGGGCAAAGGGCUCUAUGCCGACUACCUCUUCAACGCCAUCGCCGGCAACUGGGAGCGCAAGAGGCCUGUCUGGGUGAUGCUCAUGGUGAACUCCUUGACGGAGACGGACAUCCGCUCCAGAGGGGUGCCGGUGCUCGAUCUCUACCUUGCCCAGGAGGCCGAGAGGAUGAAGAAGACAACGGGUGCGGUGGAGAGGGUGGAGGAGCAGUGUCACCCGCUGAACGGGCUCAACUUCUCCCAGGUGCUGUUUGCUCUAAACCAAACUCUGCUCCAACACGAAAGCCUCCGAGCUGGUAGUUUGCAGGCCCCAUAUACCACUGAGGAUCUCAUCAAGCAUUAUAACUGUGGAGACCUGAAUGCUGUCAUAUUCAACCAUGACACUUCUCAGGUCCCUAACUUCAUCAACACGACCCUCCCACCCCAUGAGCAGGUGACGGCUCAGGAGAUAGACAGUUACUUCAGACAGGAGCUCAUCUACAAGAGGAAUGAGAGGAUGGGGAAGAGAGUGAUGACACUUUUAAGGGAGAACAGAGACAAGAGCUUCUUUUUUGCCUUUGGAGCAGGUCACUUCCUGGGUAACAACACUGUGAUUGAUGUACUGAGACAAGCAGGAUUUGAAGUGGAGCACACGCCUCCUGGACAACCAAUUGGAAAUUCAAGAAUGACAAAGACAAACCCAGCCUUGGAAGAGUCCUCAGCAACAGCCCUGCCUGCUGUCCAGCUUUCUGAGCAGGUCCCACUGACGUCUCCUUCCCUGAAGCCCCUGCAGGUGGAUGAAGAAGACAGCCUGUCUCCUCACCUCCUGUUGCCAGAUAGCAUCAGCCAGCUGGAAGAGUUUGGCAGGCAGAAGAAAUGGCACAAGAAGCAGCACAAACACCAUCGCCAGAGGCAGUUCAAUGACCUCUGGGUUCGGAUAGAAGACAGCACCACCACGUUGCCUUCCUAUAUCAGGAUAACCAAUGGCUACAUCACAGUCAAACCUCCCAUUUGGAUUUCCAACCGGCGGGAUCAGAGGCCACGUUCAGAGCACCCAGCCCAGCCUCAGCCUGCAAGCUCAGCUUCAGACAGCAUUUUGUGGCCAUCAGUAACUUCUCUCUGUGUGGCCAUAGCUUCAUUUCUCCUGAAUCUACUGCAGCCUUCUUGACCAUGUUAGUAUUAUGUGCAAUCCCUUGGAACAGAGAAGAGAGAUAAUUUAUGAAAGAAUUGGAGGUUAAGACAAACAAUUACAAACUGGACCUUCUCAGUGAAUCAGUAGUGCCUUCUAGCUGAUUUGGUCUCUUUGCCCAGAUACAUUUUGAAACUCUAAAGCUUUAUUGUAACACUGACUUACAUCUUCUUUUUGUAGAAGGAUCUUUAUUUCCCAUAGUGCUAUGGGGUUUUGUAAAAUAUACAUGUUCAUAUAAAGAAAAGGAAAAAAAGGAAAAAGAAAAAUGUAUUUAUUCAACUGGUAAACUUAUUUUUUCUUGUUGUAUAUGUUAAUAACAUCCCUAUUAAUCAGUAGCGAUGGUGAAACAGAUAAAUUAAUAUUUUCUAUAUUUGUUUUCUAACUGACAACUCUGCAAAUGUCUGAACUGACACCAAAUGAAUAGCUGCUUUUUUUAACCCUUACUUUUUACCAAAACUGUUCAAUAAGUACGUAUCUGCUAAACUUCUUUAUUUUACUUUUUAAAAUCUCAUUAGCAUAGCUUACACUGAAUAAAGCAGAUCCUGCUGUCUGUGGCCCAUGCCCAUUAAACAAAUACAUGCAUUCUUAACUCAAGUUAGCUGCUACAACCUAAAAAACAACCUAAAAUGUAUUUUUAUUUGGCUUAUCAAGUCAUUAGUCAAGAUAACCCUAAGUGUCCCUGUUGUCUUUGACUCAACUAUUUAAAUUCUUUGGAAAAUACCAAUUUCCCUCUUUGCUCUGGGAUUAAUUCAUUAGCUAAUGCAAAUCAAGACACCUUUUUCUUAAUUAAAAA